CAAGGAUAUAUUAUAUUUAACACCAUUCAAUUCCCAUUGCUUAGAUAUCAAUCAAAUCCAUUUUCAUUGGCAGCAAAAUAGAAUGGACAGAGUUGCAUCACCACACUUUGUGAUAUUUCCUUUCAUGUCUCAUGGUCACACCAUCCCUCUCCUCCACCUUGCCACUCUUUUGCGCAACCGUUUCAUCACCGUCACCAUCUUCACCACCCCCGUUAACGCCCCCUCCAUCCGCGAUUAUCUACAAGAUGUAUCCAUCUCUGUAAUCGAACUCCCAUUUCCUAAAGACGUACAAGGCAUCCCUCCUGGUGUUGAAAAUACUGCGAAGCUUCCUUCCAUGUCCUAUUUCGGUGCAUUCGUUACUGCUACAAAGCUGAUGCAGCCGCUCUUCGAGCAGGCUCUAUCAGCUUUGCAACAUCCACCUACAUGUGUGAUAUCUGAUGCAUUUCUUGGAUGGACUCAAGAGUCAGCCGAAAAAAUUGGUAUCCCGAGGUACUUCUUCUAUGGUAUGAGUGUUUUCGCCAUGACUAUAUGUCAACUUAUUGGGAUAGAACGUCCUCAUGCUGAAACUAUUUCAGCAGACGAGUCUUUUACGUUUUCAAGUUUCCCAUGGUUGAACUUCACAAGAAAUGAUUUUCAACCUCCGUUUGGAGACAUUGAGCCAAAAGGUCCAGCCGUGGAUUUUAUGAUAGAGCAAGGUAUUUCCAUGACGAAGAGCCAUGGCAUGAUCACCAACAGCUUUUACGAACUUGAACCAAGAUAUGCAGACUAUUUCGACCAACACCUCGGACCAAAAUCAUGGUGUGUUGGGCCUCUUUGCUUAACCAAGCGUCCCAUUAAAGCAGCACUCUCUCAAACAGAUGAAACAUGGAGGCAAUGGCUAAACAAUAAAUUGACAGAAAAACAGCCUGUUCUGUACGUAGCUUUUGGUACUCAGGCAGAUAUUUCUGCUGAGCAAAUACAAGAAAUUGCAAAGGGACUUGAAUUAUCCAACACAUUUUUCUUAUGGGUGACAAGGCAAAAUGUUCUCGAACAUUCGGCAGGGUUAGAGGACAGAGUAAAAAACAGAGCAUUAAUAGUGAAAGAAUGGGUUGAUCAGAAUGAAGUAUUGAAUCACAAAAGCAUCAAAGGGUUUUUGAGUCAUUGUGGAUGGAACUCUAUUUUGGAAAGUAUAUGUGCUAAAGUUCCUAUUUUGGCACUACCCUUUAUGGCUGAGCAGCAUGUAAAUGCAAGAAUGGUGACAGAGGAAAUCGGGGUGGGAUUGAGAAUUAUGCCGAGAAAUGGAUCAGUGAGAGGAUUUGUGGAAGCUGAAGAAGUUGAGAAAAUGGUGAGAGAGUUAAUGGAAGGUGAAAAGGGAGAAAUGGUGAGGAAGAAAGUGAAGGAAUUGGGAGAAAAUGCAGAGGAAGCUAUGAAAGAAGGUGGUUCGUCUUGGUCCACAUUAGGCCUCCUUAUUGAUGAUGCAAAACUUUGAAAUCCGAAUGGGCCAGAAUUUGAAGUGUGAUGGAUUACUAUGAAUUUGCCAUCGAAAUCAUAGUUCAUUUAAGUUACUGAAUUCUAUAAUGAAAUUUCUAAUACAAAUACAAGUAGUAAGUUCGUCUAAAUAGCAUGCACAAGUUGCCCCCAAACAGCCAAGUGAUAAUACAGCAUUGCACAUCACAAACAAUAUGAAUGGAAGUCGUUCAGGGAAGAAAUAACAUGGUCCAAUGUUUGAGAAGAAAACGAAUUCCACUGUUGAUGUUUUAAGCCUUUGAGCAUAUUGUUGUGCUCAAUAAUGUAUAGCCGUUUGCUUUAAUUUGAUCAUCUAAUAAGGAGUUUACGGUAUAGUUUUUUUUGUUAUCGAAUUCUGACUAAAUUUGAAUUCGUUUGAAAAUGUCUCAGCUCUCUCAUACAAAUGAAUGAGACUCUAUACCCCAUCAGUUUAUGGUAUAGUUGAUUGUGGUAGAAGAAUAGGUACCCACCUUUUGUGUAAGUCUUUCUCCUACAAGAAAGGGAAAUUUAAUCUCCCAUUAA